AUGGGUGGCGGUGACUUGAACAUGAAGAAGUCCUGGCAUCCGCUUUUGAUGAAGAAUCAGGAGCGGGUGUGGAAGGAAGAACGUAAAGCAGUCGAAGAACGUAAGAAAACGGCUCAACUGCAGAAAGAGUUGGCUGAAGAACGCCAACUACAGGAACUCCAACGAAUCCAGGCCGAGCAAGGUGGCGGUCGAAGAGAAGAGCGUGUGGAUUGGCUCUAUGCUACCCCUGCCAUCGGAAAUGGGGUCAACGCCGAGGAGCAAGAGGCUUACCUUCUCGGGAAGAAAACCGUUGAUAAGCUGUUUAAGGAAAAGGAUGAAGCUGCUGCUAAGUUGCAAGCAAAAGCUGCGAGCCAAUCAGAUGCCGAUAAAGCUGGUGGCGGGUUUAUUUCGUUGCAGAAUGCCAACACGGCUCGGGACACUGCUUCCAAGAUUCGAGAAGAUCCACUCCUUGCGAUCAAACAGCAAGAACAGCAGGCAUUGGAAAACCUGAGAAAAAACCCAGCAAGACUCAAGGCGCUACAAUCCAGCCUGACGACCAAGGAGCAAGACGUGAUCAAGAUGAUCGCGGUAGGUCUCCGGAGGAGAGAAAUGAAUCUAAACGGGCAAGAAGUGGAAAUCAUCACUCGAGGGAAUCAGACCAGUCUCUCAGUCCCGAUGGCCAUUCCAGAUCUUACCGAAGAGCGUCUCCAAAUCGCCGACGCUCUCCUGAUCGUCGCCCUCAUCGUCGUGGCAGCCCUCUUUCCCCCGAAGGCCGCUAUAGACCUGGAAGUCCCAAUAGAACUUCCCGUCCUUCUCGACGAACGUCUGAUCACCGAAAUGGCUGUAAUCGAACCUCUAGAUCUCCUGAUGAUCGGCAUCGCGACUCUCGUCACACCGAGCGAUCUCGUUCUCGUUCUCCAUUGCGUACCGAUCGAAACCGAUCUCGUUCUCCCUUACGCACCGAUCGGAACCGUCCUCGCUCUCCAUUCCGCACCGAUAGGAAUCAUCCAUCAAAACACACAGCUGAUCGCGGCUCUUCUGGGCCCUUCGGAUUUACGACCAUCAACAUCGACCGCGGAUGGAGCCGAGCGGGUCAAAAGCACCCAAAAGCUUUCGGACGCGAAGGCGGCGAAGCUAGCAGAGAUGCAAGCUGCUGCCAAGUCCCUGCAUGAAUCUCGCUCCCAAAGACUCGAGAAGCUCGAAGCUGAAGAUCUCGAACGGACAAAGAUCGAGGAAGCCGAGCGCGAGCGGAACCGAAUCAAAUCAGGUGGCGUCGGCGACGGUAAUAAGGCCAAGUUCGUCAUGGAACAGGAAAAGAAAGUCUUCUUCGGUCAGAUGGGCUUGGCUGAAAGAGUCAAGAGGAGUGGUGGAGUUGGAUUGCUGAAAGACAAGGAGUAA